CGGUACACAAGAGACGGUAAAACACAUUCUGUUAGACUGCAAAAGGUAUGAGGGGGAAAGAACUGAGCUAGAGAUGCAGAUUGGAGAACAAAACAUGACACUAGAGAACUUGCUGGGGAAAACAUCUGGGAAAAUGCACCAGCCCCCAAUAAACUAUCUAAAAAAUACUGGGAUAAGUGAGAGACUUUAGUAAUCUAGUAGGAAUAUCUAGUAUAUAGUUAUUUAUCUCUUUAUUUUCUUUUAUUUAUGUAUUAUUAUUAUUAUUAUUAUUAUUAUUAUUAUUAUUAUUAUUACUAUAUUUUUUCCUUUUUAUUUUAUUUUUUUUCUGCCAAUGUACUGCUCACACUCCAGUCCAGUAGGUGGCGGUAAUGCACCUUUAGCAGGUUUGCCAACCGCCAUUGAAACAAAAAGAAGAAGAAGAAGACUUCCGGUAGUCGUACCGGAAGCGCAAUCUGUAGUAUUGUUUUUUUUUUUUUGCGGCAAUGAGUUAACGCGGGCGCCUUGUGUACAAAGGAUUAUACGCUUUAUUUUAACUAUGUAGCUAAAUAUUUAUAUAAAAAAAUUAACAUUGUUUACUAUAGUCUGGUUUCAUUAUAGCGUGUUGAAUUAAUAUUACAGAUAAAAAGUUAUCAGUGAUCAGAUUAAAGGCAAGUGUAAACACCGUCAUGGCGGCUGCAGGAGCGACGAACGUGGGUGAUAUUGAAGAAGACGCCUCGCAGCUGUCUUUCCCCAAAGAGUUUGAAAAUGCAGAGACUCUCCUGAACUCUGAGGUCCACAUGCUCCUGGAGCACCGAAAGCAGCAGAACGAGAGCGCCGAAGAUGAACAGGAGCUCUCCGAGGUCUUCAUGAAGACGCUGAACUACACGGCCCGCUUCAGCCGCUUCAAGAACCGGGAGACCAUCGCCAGCGUGCGCAGUUUACUCUUGCAGAAGAAGCUGCAUAAAUUCGAGCUGGCGAGUUUGGCCAAUCUGUGUCCUGAAGCCGCGGAAGAAGCGAAAGCGCUCAUUCCCAGCUUGGAAGGUCGAUUCGAGGACGAAGAGCUGCAGCAGAUUCUGGAUGAUAUUCAGACCAAAAGAAGCUUUCAGUAUUGAUUUCAUCUCGUUUCUGUACAGUCACGGCCAAACCUGUGCACUGCACGAGGACUGAUCUUGUACCAUUCGGCAUUGUUUAUAACAGACUCUAUUCCAUAUGUUUUAGUACUGAAUUCUCCAUUCGUUUGUAGAUGCAUUGUUUGUUAGUGUAAAAAUAAAUCUGAUGUGUUUGUAAAGGUU